AUCAUUAGAAAAUUGCUAACUUGUUUUUAUAGCUUUUUUAGGGUGGCGUAAACUGUAAUUAGAUUUGUCUAUUAGCUGCUGGUCCACUUGUUAAGUGUUGGUGUUGAUGUUGAUUUGAGCAAGUAAUACUUAUUUUUUUCUUAAAUAUUCUGUUUGGUAUAUUUAAAUGUCUGUGAGUUUAGCGUGUUUGUUCGAAAUGGCGGAACCUUCCAAAGUUAUCCAUGUUCGUAAUGUCGGCCAUGAAAUUUCUGAAAAUGACUUGCUUCAGCUAUUCCAACCAUUUGGGGUGAUAGGCAAGCUUGUUAUGCUCCGUGCCAAAAAUCAGGCUCUCCUCCAAAUGCAAGAUGUUCCUUCUGCCAUAAAUGCUUUGCAAUUCUACACAAAUGUUCAACCAACCAUAAGGGGUAGGAACGUUUAUAUCCAAUUUUCAUCACACCAGGAAUUAACCACAAUGGAUCAAAAUUCUCAAGGACGAGCAGAUGAGCCGAAUCGAAUUCUUUUAGUUACAAUUCAUCACAUGCUAUAUCCUAUUACUGUGGAUGUGCUACAGCAAGUUUUUUCUCCUCAUGGAUUUGUGGAGAAGAUCGUCACAUUUCAGAAGUCGGCUGGUUUUCAAGCCCUCAUUCAGUAUCAGUCACGCCAGAGCGCUAUUGGAGCUAGGACUGCUCUUCAGGGACGUAAUAUAUAUGAUGGUUGCUGUCAGCUGGACAUCCAGUUUUCAAACUUGGAUGAGUUGCAAGUGAACUUCAAUAAUGAUCGCUCAAGGGAUUUCACCAACCCACACCUGCCUGCAGAACAGAAAGGCAGACCGUCACAAGGUGGAUAUGGCGAUGGAGGAGGUAUGUAUGCCCUUCAGGCUACUGCUGCGUAUCCACAAAUGGCCAAUUCGGCUGCAAUUGCUGCUGCCUUUGGUGGCAGCCUGCCUCCUGGAAUCAGUGGAACAAAUGAUAGGUCUACAGUUCUUGUAUCCAAUUUGAAUCCUGAUAGAAUAGACGAGGAUAAACUCUUCAACUUGUUUUCCCUCUACGGGAACAUUGUGAGGAUUAAACUUCUCCGCAAUAAACCUGAUCACGCACUUGUUCAGAUGGGGGAUGGUUUUCAGGCUGAAUUGGCUGUGCACUUUUUGAAGGGUGCAAUGCUAUUUGGUAAGCGAUUGGAGGUGAACUUUUCAAAGCAUCCAAACAUAACACAAGGUGCUGACACGCACGAGUAUGCUAACUCCAAUCUCAAUCGCUUCAACCGCAACGCUGCAAAGAACUACAGAUACUGCUGCUCACCUACAAAGAUGAUCCACCUAUCCACACUGCCUCAGGACAUCACAGAAGAAGAGAUUGUGAGCCACUUAGAGGAGCAUGGAACCAUUGUCAACACCAAACUCUUUGAGAUGAACGGGAAAAAGCAGGCCCUUGUUCUGUUUGAAACUGAAGAGGAGGCCACCGAAGCCCUUGUGUGCAAGCACGCCAUCUCGAUUUCUGGGUCAAUUAUCCGGAUUUCCUUCUCCCAGCUACAAUCAAUUAGAGAGUCCUAAUAAAAGGGAUUUGCUUUGGAAAAUCGAGUUUUAAGGAUUGGUACUUGGCAAAGGAUAAUUUAUGUGUUGGUGAUGCUGGUUUUGCGAUGCUUCUCUGGUCUUGUAACAUUUAAUUUCUUCUUGAAACUGAUGGAUUGUGAUCUUUUAUCUUCGUUCUCCUUGGUCCUAUCUUUAUAGCUACUAGUUCACUAGAAUAUCUGAUAGAGAAUCCUUGUUUGCAGCAGAAUUGCUUAGUUUUCAAGAGUAGGAGGGGAGAGGAGGGAGUGUAUCAUCUUGUUUUUUAUUUAAUAAUCCGGCUUUUGUAUCGUUUUGAUUCUAAUUUUUGGUACAUUUUUGCUUAAAUUUUACUGGUCAGUUGGGUA